CUCACCAUGCCAUCACACUUCUCUGCUAUUCCACAGGUGCCUGCAUAAUUAGUCGAUUCGCGUCAUGGCUGUCGACGAUUUGGGUAUCACUGCAAGCGGUCUUGGCGGUGGCCUACAUUGGCAUGUUCAUCUUCAACACCCUGCCAUUUCGGGAGUGUGUGGGCAAUGUGAAGUUGGCGCUGAAUGGCUACACAGUGAUCGGCAACAGCGGUCAAGAAUGUUUGCAGCGCACCUUUUUAACACCAUUCUGGGAGAAUCCAAUGUACUUUGGCAUGUUGGCUGUUGGAUUGAUCGGCCUUUGGAUUGUGGUGAUGUUGUGCACCCACAAUGGCCGCAUUUUGCGCCGCAGUCUCUUCAUCUUCGGCAUACUAGGCUUUCUGCUGCUAUGCUGCCNUUGGUGGACUCCAACAUUUGGUUCAACGCGUUAA